AUGCCCGACAUCACGAAGGCCCUGACUGUGCUGGAGGGUAGCAUCCGCAAGUCGGUGACCUCCGCGCGGCGCACGUUCAAGUCCUUCAGCUGCACGUCGUUCUUCUCCGAUGGGGAUGCCGACAGGAUUAUGCGCGAGGAGGACGGGGCCUCCAUCUUCGUGGAGCCCACUUCGAGGAGCGCCACGGUGGCGCGGACGGCGAGGUCUGACGAUUCCUCCGUGCCCGACGUCUCACUGCCCGUGGGCCUGCAGGCGGCGGCCGAGAAUAGCAACGACUCCGCGAGGUCCAGCGGCCCCUCCUCUGCGACGGGAAGAACCAACGAGUUGCUGGAACUGGGGUUCCGGAUGUCCAAGAAUGUGGAGCUGAAAGACAGGCAAUGGCACUGGAAAAUAUUCAAAAAUUGCUUUCUUGGGGAAGAGGCUGUGAGCUGGAUGAUAUCUGAGGGCAUUGUUGAGUGUGUGGAGGAGGCGGUGGAACUGGGCAACCGCAUGAUAGAGUCUGGUGUAAUUCGACACGUUACAGAAGACCAAAGGUUCGAGAACCAGCCCCUGUUCUACAGAUUCACAGAGGUGGUGAUUGAUGACGAUGAUGGGGAAUCCGCUACCGAUGAUUCCCUUCCAGCGAAGCUCAUGGCCAUUGGGGAGGAGCUCAUACAGACGGAGGAGAACGUUGCUGAACUGCACUCACAGCUGAAGCUGCACAGGCAGCUCAACAUUGCUCUCUUUGAGUCAGGCUCUGAGCAGCAGCAGCGGUUGGAGUGCAUGAUAGAGUGUCAGAGUGCAGAGAUCGCCAAGCUGGAGUACGUUGUGGUGCUGCAGACUUUUGUGGUGGCGUUCAUGAUUUUGGCCAUGCUGGGCUGGUGGGCUGCCCCUUUGGGAUGCCUGCUGAUCGGGGUUGCGGGAUAUAUGGGCCACAAGGCGUGGUUCCACGAAUCAUCCACCAUGCACAAGAAAUACCAUGGUGCCCACGGUGUCCUGCUCAAGCGACUCCAGGACGCCUCGAACUUCCCAGAGCAGCCCAGCACCUGCGAUCUGCAGACGGGCAACAGAUGGUCAUCGGCCGUGUGCAGUGGAUCAAGGCCAUGCGAAGAGCCAGGUGCAAGCAGCAGGUCAAGAAGCAUGGAGUUGCCCGACAAGGCAAAGGCCGCGCGACCUGAGCCAGCGAAAAGGAGAUUUAUCCCACAAGCAGCAGAUUACGAGAACUGGCCAGACAGGCCAUGCCUGUUUGCUCUGAAUACGUCGUAUUCUGGGCAGCGGGCGACACGGGGGGCUGACCCUGACAAAAUCAGGGUCAACACGGGAGAGCCCUUCCACUUUGAAAGCAACCUAUUUAAAGGCCAGGCUGUCAUGUGGGUCGCUGGGCUGGAUUCGACGCCCAAAGGUCUCUUUCAGGGCCAGAGGCGCGUCACGCACUUGGCCGUGCAAGGCCGUUUCAAGAAGGAGCUCGAUUUCACCGACGUGUUUACUGGGCAGGAAUUCUUACUGCCCCUGAAGCAUCUGCCUGCAAUGUCCCUCUUCUCGGUGCUGCUAAAGCUUGGCAAGCGGCUGAGCCCCAGCUUGGUUGCGGGCAUGACGCCCGUGCCACACAUCCUGACGCCAAUAGCGGCUGCCGCCCAAAUGAUCACCAUCAACCGUCCUGGCGAGGAGAAGUCUAUAAAUUCACCCCCCCAGGAAGACAUGCGCGUAUUGGGAACCCAGUUUUGUAAGGGCAACGGCGAGCCGAUCUCCGGGCCCCACAGAAAGAAGAUGAUGUCGGACGUUCGCAACCGAACGGGCCGAAAAUUUGACACGGAGCACGUGUACACAUUCCAUUUUUGGCAGCACCUACUGGAUCUGAGCACGUUUGAAUUAGACCUCAAUAUCAAGCAGUUCAGCUUGAGCCGCCACUUGGGUGGCCAGCCUCUGCAGCUGAUGGCAAAGACGAAGGAGUCGGGCGAUGUGGGGUGGCGAUGGCGGCCGCAGGCGACCAAACGGCGGGGACUGCGUCCCUCCACAGGAUUAAUGGGCCAAUUCCAGACCAUGGUCCACGUCAGGCCCGUGGCAUCCGGCAGGUGGCCUGGGCGCAACGCUGUUGCGCAGCGGCCUCGCUUUCGAGCCCAGCCCUGCUGUGGCUGCUGA